UCAACCAUCAGUUCAUUCAUCUUCUCUUCACCAUGUGUACUGGGAAAUGUGCGAAAUUUAUCGGGAUCGCCUUGUACCCGUUGUGUGUCAUUUCCAUCGUCAGCAAUUUGAUCUUGCUCUUUCCUGCAUGGGAUCUUGACGCAAUCCAACAUGUGUCGGAAAAGUUGACGCCAGAAGUUCUGUAUCUAGGGGGAAUUAUAGGAGGCGGGGUACUGGUGCUUAUACCGGCCAUUCACAUCCAGGCCACUGGGCGAGAGGGCUGCUGCAACAACCGCUGCGGGAUGUUCCUGUCCAUCAUCUUUGCUGCUAUUGGCGUUGCUGGAUCCGUGUACGGUUUUGUGGUGUCCGUGCUGGGGAUGGUGCGAGGACCUCAGUGCCUGUACACCGUCGACAACACAACCUUUUGGGGACGCCCUUUUUUCGCAAACCUUUCAGAUCUGAAUGAUGAGAGUUACCUGUUCAACAAGGAUGUUUGGAGCCGCUGUCAGAUCCCCGUGGGUGUGGUGGAGUUUAACAUCAUCCUGUUUUCCAUUGUACUGUCUUCCACCGCCAUCUCUCUGAUCCUGUGCACGAUCCAGGUGCUGAAUGGCCUCUUUGGAUGUCUAUGCGGUACCUGUCGGAAAAAUGAUUAGAUGAUGGACCCUUCCAGUAACCACAACAACUUAUACCCCCGCCCUCCCAUUCCCGCUUAUGUCAGAGGCUGGAUCCUUUGACAACCCAAGCCCGAUUGGUUGGAGCUAUCUGCCUGGCCAGAACCCCGGUGUGUCAGAAUGAAGGGACCCGCCUAACCCAGACUGACUCCUCUUGCACUAUGUACUGUUUUCCGAUGUGCAUAUAUACAGUAUAUAUAUAUAUAUAUAUCAGUCAUGUUAUUUUUAUUUUU